GAGGACUACAGCAGAGACAGGAGGACUAGAACAGGGACAGGAGGACUACAGCAGAGACAGGAGGACUAGAACAGGGACAGGAGGACUACAGCUGCUGCUCAGAACUCACCUGACACCUUUAUACCUCAGGAAUCAUGUCAGCUGUCCACGCUCUCUUCCUGCUGCUGCCUCUGGUCUCAGCCCAGACCUACCACUGGGGCCCCUGUCCGAACCCUAAAGUCCAGCCUGGCUUCAAGGUUAACCUGUAUCUGGGUCGCUGGUAUGAGAUCGAGAAACUUCCUGCGUCUUUUGAAAGAGGAAAGUGCAUCGAGGCGAACUACGACUUCAGGCAGGAUGGCACCAUCCAGGUGCGAAACUCUCAGUUCUACAAAGAAAAGACGAGGGUAGCAGAAGGGACCGCUGUGAUUCCAGAUCCAAGAGAACCUGCACGACUUGGAGUCAGCUUCUCCUACUUCACUCCCUACAGCCCCUACUAUAUUCUAACCACCGACUACACCACCAUGUCCGUGGUCUAUUCCUGCACUGACGUCCUCAGACUCUUCCACGUGGACUACGCCUGGAUCCUGGGACGCUCUCGCUUCAUCCCUUACGCAACGGUGCAGUACGCCAAAGAACUGCUGAUGAAUGAAGGGAUCGAUAUUUUCAGGAUGAGACCAACGGUUCAGACCGGCUGUGAGGACGACUAAGAACAAACCAGUCCAAACCAGUCUGAGCCCUCAGGCUUUGGUACUGGUCCAUGAAGACUGUACAGAUUAUCACCAUAAUAAAUGGACUGGAGGCUCAUUUUAGUGA